AUGAAUCUUCGCGGUGGACUAGCGAUACUUCUUUUCGUUCUUGCGGAGAUCGACUGCGCGACAUUGAAGCACGUGCGAGAGAAUCAUUCGAAAUGCGGAUGUCCAGCAGCAACACACAGGCAACCGCGUGGGAUUUUGGCGGAAGGAAGCGGGAGGAAUUCGUCGUCGGUUGGAAGGAAGACUAUUACAUUGACGACCGGGCGAAUAUUCAACGGUAAACCGAGCAAACGAGGUUCCUGGCCAUGGCAGGUCUCCCUUCAAUUGUUGCAUCCAAAAUUGGGGUUCAUCGGCCAUUGGUGCGGCGGUGUUCUCAUUGAGCCUACUUGGGUCGUUACUGCCGCCCAUUGCAUUCAUAAUGACCUUUUUAAUUUGCCAAUUGGUGCAUUAUGGACGGCAGUUGUAGGAGAAUGGGAAUUGGACUCCGGUGGGCGUGGCUCGGCUAGGCUACCAGUUGAACGAGUCGUCAUUCACGAGAGAUUCAAUAAUUACGUGCACGACAUUGCUCUGAUGAAGUUGGCCAGGCCAGCCCCUUUGUCGAAGGUAGUGCGAACGAUAUGUCUUCCGGAACCAGGGGAAGAACUAGCGAGUGGUCUGUGCAUCGCUUCCGGCUGGGGUCGUUACGGUCCCACUCAAUCACUUUCCACCGCGUUGUUGGAAGCAACUGUGCCAUUGCUCGAUUUAGAAAGAUGCACGCAAGCGUAUGGGAAAUCGGUACCGAUCCGAAGCGGCCAUCUUUGCGCGGGCCACACCGAUGGCUCUUCCGGAAGUUGCGUCGGUGAUUCCGGAGGACCGCUACAGUGUCGACGCGCGGAUGGAGUUUGGCAGUUGGCGGGUGUGACUUCGUUUGGAUCGGGAUGCGCCAGACCUGGAUAUCCCGACGUCUACACCAAGAUACAACAUUACGUCGGAUGGAUAAGAAACGUUAUGAACAAUGACGAGGACGCGCAGUAUUUAUAG